AUGUAUCAUUCUAAUUCAGUAAGAAAUAUUGAUAAUGAAGAAAAUAAUAAUGAUAAAAACAAUGAAAAUAAAAAUCAACAAGAUAAUAAAUCAAGUGAAGUGGAUUCCGAUUUAGAUAUAAUUGAAGAUAAUGAACAGGUAAUAAGAGGUGGAAAUUGGGAUACAAUUUUAACUACAUGGAAUAAGAUGUUAGAUGCAGAAGAAAAUGCGGAACGUCAAAUGGAAUAUGAAGAUAUGCUUGAAAAUAAUAUAAUUUUGAGAGAUAAUAAUGCAAAAUGGGAGUUGGGUAAAUUGUUUAGUGUUGAUUUAGAUCCUCCUAAAUACUGUGAAAAGCUUUAA